UUGUUUUUUAUUUACUUGAAUUUUUAAGAAAAUGCCUCCAAAAUAUAAUUCUAUUUCUGAAAUUUCUCCAUCCAAAGAAACAUGGAAUGUAUUGGUUAGAAUUGUUCGCAUGUGGUUUGUUAAAGAUAUGAAUAGAGAUGCGCUGCCGUAUUCUUUAGAAAUGGUUUUGAUGGAUAAGAAGGGUGAAAAGAUCCAUGCAACAGUUCGAAGAACAUUAAUUUACAAAUAUGAAAAGGAACUCACUGAGGGUCAUGUGUAUUCCAUAAGCAACUUUAGUGUUGCCACUAAUGUGGGAUCAUAUAGAACCACCAAUCAUGCCUAUAAAAUUAAUUUUCAAUUUGGAACUAAAAUCAAAAAAUUUGAUGACAAGUUGAUACCUGCUAAUAUAUACAUGAUCAGUGAACCUCAUAAGAUUUUUAAUGAUAACUAUGAUACCGAUUAUUUGAUAGAUGUGAUGGGAGUCUUGAAAGCUGUGGGUGUUGAAAAGGUUUAUUCUCGAAAUGGAAGCGAAUCAAAGAUGAUUCCUAUAUAUAUAUAUUUUAAUAACUUCUAUUUCAAAGUUACACUCUUUGGACCUUAUGCGGACGAGUUGAACGCUUUUAUCGCAUCUGGUGAAGCAGAUAAUGCUGUCGUUGCUGUUUUGUUGGCCAAAGUCAAAAUGUUCCAAGGUCAACCAACUAUUCAAAACACCAUAUAUGCCACUAAACUGGUUUUCAAUCCUGUUUACACAUCUGUCGUUGAUCUCAAGAAAAGGAUGCUUGGGAAAAGUGCUACUCCAUCACCUGGUAUUUCUCUAUUAAAAGAUACUUCUAAAGUUAGCAAUGAGGAUGAUUUUCUCAAUUUGACGCCAAUGGCAACUAUUGAGGGAGUUAAGGAUUGUAGUGUGGAAAAGACAUUUGCUGUAUUUGGUACGGUGAAGUUUAUCGAUGGUUCUGAAUGGUGGUACACUGCGUGCACCUGUAAUAAAAAAGUUUAUCCAGAUGAGCGUAUGUACUUUUGUCCUAAGUGCAACAAGCAUGUCAUCAACGUCUCUCCAAGGUACAUGAUUAAGGUCAAAGUUAUUGACCAUACUGAUUCUGCUACCUUUCUCAUUUUUGAUCGUGAUGCUACCGAUCUAUUCAAUAAAUCUUGUGCUGAUAUGAUCGAAGCUUUUGGGAUGGGUAAUUUGGCCGAUAUUCUAGAAGAGAUUGGUGAUCUGGUUGAUAAGUCAUAUCUUUUUAAGGUUGAAACCAAUGUUGAUCCUUCUGGCAUGUACGAAAAAUCUUUUAAGGUCAAGAAGAUUGUGGCCGACCCUGUUUUGAUUGAAAAGUUCAAAGCUAAAUAUGUAGAAUCUUUGGUUAGUGAACCGUAUAAAGUAUCGUUUUUUAAUAAAGUUAAACAUUAA